GAUUCCUGAAACGCGAAGUGUCUUGUUCCAAGAGUUGCCGUUAUUAGACGAGCGCUGCGAAUCGGCCUUCGCGGACCUAUUGGUUAAUGAGCCAAAGGAAAACAAGCGAGAACCACAUCGCUCACGGCACGCGAGCUCGGGUACGAAAGGAAAGACUUUCGAAAAUGAACCUUUGCGAUUCGGAAGUUGAGUGUAGCGUCCGUGAAAAUAUUGUGAACGUAUACGAAAGAUCGUACAAUUGACUAGUGGAAACGUUUAGAAAUAGUGAUCCAUGGUACGCACUUUCAGGCUUCGAAAAACGGGACAGAUUUAUUUUGAGCGAUGACUUUGUUUACCUGAAGCUGGUGCAUACCAGUUUGAUUCCCGGAGGUGAUGUCGCAUCAGCGGAGAAGUUUGUCGAGUGUAUCUUCGGCAUCUUCUACGUCUGGAUCGUCUAGUUCUUCCGGAUCUUCGUCAUGCGUUGGUGCGUCGAAAUCAUCCUCGUCUGGAGCCUCUUCAUCGUCGUCGUCUUCUUCCUCCUCGGGUUCAUCAUCUUCAUCUAGCUCUUCUGACUCUGAUUCUUCGCCUCCCACUCCAUUGAAUAAGAAAUCUGAAAAGAAAACGCAGGAGAAGUCUAAGAAGACCGUUAAAGAAGCUCCUCCCAAGUUGAAGCGAGAAAAGCCUAACAGCGUUUCCAAGAAACAGCAAAAAUCUGACCCUGUAGAUAAAUCAAAGCGUGAAAAGCCUGUAUCGGAAAAAUCUACGAGUAAAGAGAAAUCGAAAAGUCAUGAGAAGGCGAAAGAUUCUUCAGCUUCCAGUGCCAAUCGAGGUAGAGGUCGACCGCCAAAGCCGGAGAAAUCAACCUCAAGUUCUGCCGAGAAAAAGAAAGAAACAGAACCUUCUAAGAAAUCUGAAACCACGAAACCUCGAAGGAAACAAGAGGAGAGAUCCAGUCGCAAGGAUGCUGGAACGAGGAGUAUUUUCAGCCCCGAGAAUUCUAGUAAUAGUGAGUCGGAGUCUGCCUCUCCACCGCCGUCUGAAAAUCGAGCGCGAUCCAAGAAGCACACCGACCAGGGGAACAAAAACCCAAGUAAAGAUCCUGUUCAAACUAUCACUGCUCCACCUCCUGUCAGUAAAACGAAUGGAGCUUCUGUACCUCCGGCGAAGGCGAAGAAGCGAACUCGAUCCUCAUCUGCGAGUCAGACGUCGUCCAGUAGUUCGUCGGAAUCCUCCAGCGAUUCGGAUGAAAGUGAGUUGGCGAAGAAUAAAAAGCAAGAAACACCGAAGAAGCCAACCAAGAAGGUUGUACCGAAGACUCGAGCGUCAGCUAAAGUUCUGCCUGCUCCAGCUCCGAAAGAAAAGCUGAAAAAGUCAGAACCCAAGGUAGAACCCUUGGCACCGCCACCGUCUCCUUCACCAGUUAAAAAGCGAAAUCAGGCCCCGAAAAUGCGUCCUACUGCUCGUCAAAAAACUACCCAGUCUUCUGAAGAUUCAGAUGUUGAUAAAGAUGAGGAGGAGCAGAAGUACGUCACCCCUAUGAAAAGAACCCGAUCGACUAUUGUUCGCAAAAGUCGUCUCAUUCAUGGAUCUCUUGGUAGAUCGGAAUCUGAUACAGACGAUGGCCGACGAGCGAAAGCAGCUGGAAGUGCGACGCGAAAACCGGGCUCGAAGUUUUUCGGAGGAAAUAAGCUUCUUGGUCGUGCCGCUAGCAAGAAAGCAGAAGAAAUCAGUAACCAUCCUACAGAGGAGCGAAGAUGUCCGGUUCCUGCGUGUGAUUCCAGUAACCAUUUGAGUGGCGCCUACUCAAAGCACGCCCUUGUAUCCGCUUGUCCGGUUUUCUUCAAGCUCUCGAAAGAUUCAGUUAUGGAACUGAAACGAGGAAGGGAACGACGUCUGAAAGAAAUUUCGGAAAAGCUUUUAGCAUUGAGUCGGAAACCUGGCCCUUCAACUCUUGCCAAUACCUUCAAAGAGAUCACAAAUCAUGACCGGCGUGAAGCCUGCAAAACUUUUUUUGACCUACGAAAUGGUGCCAAAGACAGAUUGACGAAGGAAAGGAGCCAUAUGAAAUUUGCUGUUGUAGCACCCGAUGCACCCAAGGAUCGCGUGCUGGAUUUGAAUGGGUUGACAUUACAGGACGACCUAGAAAUGUUUAUGGAUGCCUUGGCUGCUGCUAGUGAAGUGGUGGAAAAGCAAAUGGAACCUUACACGAAUUGUGGACGUUUGGAGUACAUAGAACUUGGAAAGUACGAGAUGAAAACUUGGUAUCAGAGUCCAUAUCCGGAAGAUAAGGUUCCGCAAAUUCCAAAAUUAUACAUGUGUGAAUUCUGCUUGGAACACAUGAACUCGCGGACUCCACUUAGUAGACACAUGCAAAAAUGUGUCUGGAGACACCCUCCGGGCGAUGAGAUUUACAGGAAAGAUAAAUUGGGAAUCUGGGAAGUGGAUGGCAGCAAUCAGACUGGUUACUGUCAAAAUUUAUGUCUCCUGGCCAAAUUGUUUUUGGAUCACAAAACGCUAUACUUCGACGUGGAGCCGUUUCUGUUUUAUAUUUUGACCCUAAUUGAUAACGAAGGUCAUCACAUCAUAGAUUUGAGCCAGGAAACGGGAAUCCACUCUUCCGACAUUGUUAGCACGUUGCAAGCACUUGGGUUGCUCAAGUAUUGGAAAGGGCGCCAUAUUAUUGUCAAACGUCAGGACAUUUUGGAUAACUACAUGGCAAAGUUAUCUUCGCGGAAUUCCUCAUCGCGAGAGAUUGACUCAAAACGGCUUAUUUGGAGUCCAUAUCUAGUCAGAAACAAGACGACGUAGCCGAAUUUUCGGUUAAAACGUGUUCCAUGCAGCAGAAUAUUUUUGCAUACCUUUUUAUAUAUUUUAAAUCUUUGAUUCUACAUCAUGUUUUUUGCCAUGUCAACUUAUGGCUUUUUUCUUGCAGAACGGGAUAUGAAAGCUCAUGCAUAUUUCUGUGUUCGUAUUCGAGUUCUUUCUGAAGUGGUACGGUUUUCUGAGUGUCUUGAGUAAUUCCAGGAAACCCCUGUGUGACUGGAAAAUAAAAUAACUUUCUGUUGAA